AUGCGACUUUGCUGGAAUCUGCUGUCAGCUGCGCUGCUGCUGGGCUCGCUUGCGUCUGGCCUGAAACCGCCCAGAUCCUUUUAUCGACGCAGCUACUACAGUUCGGUGGGACCGCCGGGACCCGUGCAUCUGGUAUCUGGCUCCAAUGGCCCUCCUGGCUAUCGCGCUGAUCUGCAGACCAACGAGAGCAAGCGUCGCGAUGUGGCCAAGAAGUAUCCGAAGAAGACGCAGUACAGGCCCUACACUUCGGAAGAGGAUGACUAUUCCAGCGAGCGCUAUUCGGGCGAGUAUUCGGGUGAAGCGCUGCAGGAUAGUCGCGAGUAUACCAUAGGCACACAAAUACGAGUUCAACAUCCCAUUACGGUGCCCAAAAAGAUCAGCCCAACCUCACCGUAUUCCAAGCAGCACAAAUAUGUGUCUGUCCCGCCCUACAAGAGCAGCGGGCGACAAGUUUAUGCGGCCGAUGUCAAUUCUGGCGAGGAGCACGCAGUGGAGCCGCCGUCGAAGCGGACAAAGUGGACGCCGGCGCAUUAUGAAUCGGAACCAGAUCCGUUCCAUUUGGUGCCACCGCCCAAGGCUACAUCUGCCUCCAGUCAUUCCUAUAGGGUUUUCGAAUCGGAUCACGAUGACUAUGAUGUACCCACGCGACCAAAGAACCACGAUCGCUAUAAGAGCCCUGCGUCCAAAAAACAGAUUGAUGCUUUUCUAGAAGAUCAGCAGAAGCUGCUUGACGAGGCCAUCAAGCUGCAGCUGCUCAACAAUCCUAAGCUGCAAAAGUUCUUAAAAUCCCAUUCACAUGAGCCACGACCCGAGUUGGAACUCGAGGACUUUGAAACCUUUCCACCAAACUUCUCUGGUCCCGGUCCGCUGCACAACAACAACUUCAGUGGUGAGCUUCCGCCGCUGUCCCCUCCCAAGGGCAGCCGACCACACAGGCGCCCGCCCGUCGUCGAGCUGAAGCCCUCCCCGAAAUUGAAGCACAUUAUCAAGCCGAAAAGAAAGUACAGAUCAGCGCUGGUUAUCAGUGUGUAA